CAUUGUGUUGAGGUGCGCCUAUCGCUGACAAGUAUUGAUUCCAAGUUGAGAGGUCACGAAAGGCCAGCACAUUUUUCCCUUUUUAGACCUCUUUCUAUCUGCAAAAUGGAUCCCAAAAUAAAGGAAAUGUUGCGUCCAAAAUUUGAUUUACUUAAUGGUAACGAUACAACGAUACGAACCCUCGAAAUCUCCUUUUUAUCGUCGAUUGUAGGUGCUGGAACCAGCGCUAUAAUCCUGGCCGUCAACCCCCAGACUUUGGGGGAGGCAGCUCUGAGGACUGGUGCUCUCACGGCUACAUGUGCCGCCGUAGGGGCCAUCUUUGCCACCACGACAGGUGCGACCGCAUCCUACAGAGGAAAGGACACGCCCCUUAACUACUUCAUCGGAGGAUGCACGUCAGGGCUCUUCUUGGGAGCAAGGAUGCAAAGUAUGGGAGUUGGCUCUGGGUCCUGUGCAGCUUUAGGAGGUGCGGCAGCCUUCUACAAAUACUGGAAAAUCCAUGACUUUGGACCCUUUAUUCCUAGACCUAAAUACUAGUUCUUAGUGUUAAUCAAGUUAUUUUAAGUUUGAGAAGGGAUCAGAGUGGUGCAUGAGAGUAAAACAAAAAAGAUGGGAACCCUUUCUUUGACCUAAAUACUAGUUCUUAGUGUUAAUCAAGUUAUUUUAAGUUUGAGAAGGGAUAAGAGUGGUGCAUGAGAGUAAAAAAAAAAAGAUGAGAACCCUUUCUUUGACCUAAAUACUGAUUCUUAUUGGUAAUCAAGUCAUUUUAAGUUUGAGAAGGGAUCAGAGUGGUGCAUGAUAAAUGAGAAUGAGAGUUAAAAAGAAAAUGGGGAACCCUUUCUUUGUGACCUCUUUACCAAUGCCAUGAGGCUAAUCAAUGGAUUUGUUUAGAUUGAGAAGGGAUAAGAGUGGUGCAUUGCUAACAAGUGUAUCAAAGAAUGGGUCCCUUUCUUUCUGCCCCUUAUACCAGUAUCAUAUUGCUAAGCUAUGAUUUUCAGAUAGAGAUGGGAUAAGAAUGAUGAUGCAUAACAAAUUAUGGAAGCAAAGAAUGGGACCUAUUCUUUCAGUCCCCAAAUACAAAUAUCAUACUGCUUAUCAAUAGAUUUUUUAAUUGAGAAGGGAGAAGAGUGGUGUAUCAUCAACAUGAAGGAAUAGGAACCCUUCUAGAAAGCAAAUACUGUAUUACCAUUAAAGAUCAAGCAAUUUUUAGAAAAAAGAAGGGUUAGAGUGGUGCAUUAUCAAUGUCUUCUUCAUGACUCUCAGUAAUAAUACUUUGCUCAUGAAGACAGUUACGACAGAGAGAGGUUAAGAGUGGUGCAUUGUAACACAAGGGCAUCAUGUACAUGUUUACUCCAUUGAAUGCUGUAUUCAUAAAGUGAAGACUAACAUUUAGUGAGUCAAUACAAGUGCUGUGCAAGAAGUAGUAAGGGGAAAGACACCACUAUCAUUACAUACAGGGAGCAUUGUUUGUGAUUUGCCCCACCCCUCUCAUGAAACAUUUGUAUGAAUUAAUAUCACCACUCUUUUUUGUGAGAUCUCAUGGAAACUGUGUGUCUUGCAUUGUACAUAUAGAGAAUUUACAUGAAUAUUUCAACUAGUGUUGAAUAAAAUGUCUUGAAACAAUAUA